AGGUCUGGGGGCGGGGCCUGAGCCAGUUUCUCCAGCUGCCAGACAUUUGGAGGCUCCACCGCUUUUCGACCAUCUGCUUCAGCCCCCUGUCACCCUCCAGUUUCCAGCAUGCCUGGUCCGACCCCCAGUGGCACUAACGUGGGCUCCUCAGGACGCUCUCCCAGUAAAGCAGUGGCCGCCCGGGCGGCGGGUUCCACGGUCCGGCAGAGGAAAAACGCCAGCUGUGGAACAAGGAGCGCAGGCCGGACGACCUCAGCUGGCACUGGGGGGAUGUGGCGAUUCUACACGGAAGAUUCACCUGGCCUCAAAGUUGGCCCUGUUCCGGUAUUGGUUAUGAGUCUUCUGUUCAUUGCUUCUGUGUUUAUGUUGCACAUUUGGGGCAAGUACACUCGUUCAUAGAUUUGGCUACAUCCAUCUAUCUGUCUAUCAUCUGAAGAAGAAGGAAGAAAAAACCCAACAUAUCUUGGACCAAAAGCAUAGUGGUUUUCUGUUCAUGUGAAAGAAAUUUUCUGUAAGCUUAGUGUUUUACAGGGAACUUAACGAGAAUUGGUUUUAAGAAAUCAAUGUUUUUCUAUGGCUAAUAAACUUUUUAAUUCAUUUAUACCAA